AUGCCUCUGCAAUUUGUCUACGAAGCAGCCGACUGUCGCCUCUUCUACACCUACGACAACAUCGUUCAUCCAGCCACGGGAUGGAAUGCUGCGGCCCGUGCGAUCUGGGGCAAUGGUCACUGCGUGAAGGGCUCAAAGUCCAAUGUCACCGAUGGAGCAUACCACCGGCGUAAUGCCUAA